UCUUCGAUUGUCCUUUUUCAUGCAUGGGCUAAACAGAGUCAUUGGAGGUGGAGCUGGCAGCGAUCAUCAAGGCUGAGACUAGGGCAAGCAGAGGAAAAUGUAACCUGAACUCCAUGCUGAACCAAAGAGCACAGCCUCCCAAUGGAGUCUCCCGUCUCCACUCCACCCCUCCAUCUCAUGGCGCCGGUGGGCCACAGCAAUGACAGCAUCGCCUCACCCUGUGAGCAGAUCAUGGUGCGCACGCGCUCAGUGGCGUCCAACACGACGGACAUGGCCUUGGCCACGGAGCCCGAGUGCCUGGGGCCCUGCGAACCCGGGACCAGCGUCAACCUGGAGGGCAUCGUCUGGCAGGAGACCGAGGACGGCAUGCUGGUAGUUAACGUGACCUGGAGAAACAAGACCUAUGUCGGCACCCUCCUGGACUGCACCAGACACAACUGGGCCCCGCCAAGGUUCUGUGAGUCCCCCACCAGUGACUUAGAGAUGAGGAACGGCCGGGGCCGGGGGAAGAGGAUGAGGCCUAACGGAAACACACCCGUCAACGAGAACAGCAACUCGUCGGACAACAAGGGAAGCGGCACCAGCAAGACGCGCGCCGCCAACAGCAGCAGCAAGAGCCGGCGGGGCACGCCGCCCAACAGCAACGCAGAAGACGUCAAAGCCAGCCCUUCGUCGGCUAACAAGCGCAAGAACAAGCCCGCCUCAGACAUGGAGCCCAACUCCAGCUCGGAGGACACCAAGGGCAGCAAACGCAUGCGCACCAACUCCAACAGCGGCCCUGGAGGAGUGCCCCAGCCGCCUCACAUCGUCCUCCCUGGCAAACCCAGCAUAAAGAUGGAGUCACUGCCCCCACAGCAACUCGACCGCAACUGCCCUUCGCCGGUGCUCAUUGACUGCCCACACCCCAACUGCAACAAGAAGUACAAGCACAUUAAUGGCCUCAAGUACCACCAGGCCCGUGCCCACAAUGAUGAUGACAUCAAGCUGGACAUGGACGGGGACAGUGAGUACGGGGAGGACUCUACGCUCCACCCCGAUCCGAGCAGCUGCAAUGGGGCCUCCAUCUCUCAAAAGGGCUGCUUGUCACCGGCUCGCUCAGUCACGCCCAAGGGUAGGGGCUUUGAGGCUCAGACUCCGUCGCCCUCCUCGGGUAAGUUUGGCUCCAAGCAGGGUAAAAAGAAGCCCUGCGAGGUCGAUCUAGAGGCAGGGGGCAUGCCCAUGGAUGGCUGUGAGGACGGGCCCUGCCUAACGGACGAGGCCAGCAACGACGGCGUGGACGACAAAAAGGACAAAGCCAAGAAGACGGGUAGCGGCUCCAAGGCAGACAAGCUGGCCCAGAAGGGCAUGAAGUUAACGCGGCCCAUCCCCCCGACCAUACCACCUCAGCAGCUCUACUCGGCAGGCGGCUUCCCUGCGGCUAGCCCUGGCUCCACCCCUGCCAUUAGUUCAGCAGUUCAGUCUAUCCCCAAGAGCCCGCAGCUGAAAGCCAUCCAGCCCAAGCCCUCGGCCCUGGGAGAUCCCUCGUCUGUGAACCCAGCGCUGAGCGGCUCCAAGGACAAGAAGAAGAAAGACAAGAAGAAGAAGGAGGCAGGAAAGGAGGGAGAUAGCCCCAAAGGGAAAGGGGGAAAGCCAGAGGAAGGCAAGAGCCCGUACUCUGAAUCUUCGGACCCGGGGAGCAAAGGCGACGGGCUGCUGAACGGCUCAUCAGACCCCCACCAGAGCCGGCUGGCCAGCAUCAAGGCCGAGGCGGACAAGAUCUACAGCUUCACCGACAACGCUCCCAGUCCCUCAAUCGGUGUGGCCAGCAGGAUAGAGGCUGGAGGCAUGGCCCAGCCCCUCACCCCAAUCCAUGUGGUCACACAGAAUGGAGCCGACAACUCCUCGGUGAAGACCAACAGCCCGGCCUACUCUGACAUCUCAGACGCGGGCGAGGAUGGCGAGGGCCGGGUGGAGGGCGUCAAGGGAGUCAAGUCCGAGGAGCAGGCCACCCGAGAGGGGGCCAAGAAGUCCCUGUUCCCUGCCCAAACAGCCAGCAAGGAGUCCCCCUACUAUCCCGGCUACGAAAAUUAUUACUCCCCAAACUACGCCAACCCUAACCCUAGCCCGGGGGUGUCGGCCACUGGGGGCACACAACAGGAGGGGGCCCAGGUCAAGGUGAAAAAAGAGGAGCAGGAGGAGCGUAAGGUCAAGCAGGAGCAGCAGGAGGAGCGUAAGGUCCAGCAGGAGGAGCGUAAGCCCGAGAUAGGUACCUCUGGACCGGGGCAACAGCAGCAGCAACAGGCCUCGGUCAUCCAGCAGCGCUCCAACAUGUAUAUGCAGCCUCUCUACUACAACCAGUAUGCCUACGUUCCCCCGUACGCCUACCACCCGGACCAGGCCUACCACAACCACCUGCUGAAUACCAACCCGGCCUACCGGCAGCAGUACGAUGAGCGGCAGAGGCAGGUGGUAGCCGAGCAGCACCGCGCCGCAGAGAAGAAAUCAGACGCUGCUGGAAAGGAGCGAGAGCGAGAGGGCUCCUCAGGGAAGGAGAGGGGUGAAGAAUGGAAGCAGAAGGCUUUGGUGCCCCCCACCCUGUCCAAGGCUCCCAGUGUCACAGACCUGGGAAAAGGCGGGCCGCCCCAGGGCAAGCCGCCCAAAGAGCCCUCGUCCUCCUCGGAGCAGACCAAGUCAUCGGUCAUCAUGCCCAAGGGGGAGGACGCCAAGGCGCCGGCCCAGCAGGCUGAGGGGCUGAAGAUGAAGCUGAGUGAAGGAGGGCACCACGGGAAGGGGGAUGAACCCAAGGCGGGCAUGGAGUCCGGCAGGCCCUCGGCCAUGGAACAGGCCAUGUGGUACAGACAGGAGCCUGACUCGCGGCUGUGGCCUUACCUCUACCCCAGCAAAUACCCUGAGGCCCAGAAACCACAGGACGUGGAGCGCCACAGGGAAAGAGACAGAGACCGAGGAGAGCGGGACAGAGACCGAAAGGGCAAGGAGGGCAGGGACGAGAGAGCUCGGCCCAAAGACCCCACUCCGAAGGAGGAGAGCAAAGAGGGGGUUGAGCCCCGGUUGUCUUUGGCCUUGGAGGAACACCGGGGGGUGGGAAAGGACCCAAGGGCCACCGCUGGCCACAUGCAGUUCUCCUCUCCCAUGGCCCAGCACCAAGGCUACAUGCCUUACAUGCAUGGAGCCUACGCCUACGGCCAGGGCUAUGACCCCAGCCACCCGGGCUACCGUGGGAUGCCAUCAGUCAUGAUGCAGAACUACCCUGGGUCCUACUACUCAUUCUCCCCCUAUGGCAGUAAGAUGGGGCCGGGCGAGGAAGGCGGCGAGAAGGCGGCGCGAGCCAGCCCCACGGUCAGUGUCAAGUCGUCCUCCGAGGCCAAGGCCCUGGACAUCCUUCAGCAGCACGCCAGCCAGUACAAGAGCAAGUCGCCCACGGUCGGCGACAAGACCUCGCAUGAAAGGGAACGGGAGCGUGCUGUGGCCGAGCGCGAGCGAGACUUGGACCGGCCGCGUUCCUCUCCCUCACAGCGCAUCAUGCCUUCCCAUCACCACCUGGGCUACCCGCUGCUCUCGGGGCAGUACGACCUGUCCUACGCCACAGGUCUCUCUUCAUCAGCCAUAGUUGCCAGUCAACAAGCCUCCUCCCCCUCCAUGUACCCCCCUGCACGGAGAUGAGAAGGGGAGACCUGAUUGGCUGACCUCGACCUUGCUUGGAGCCAUGUGACUGGAUCACACGAAGAAGCCUGCUGCAGAGCUCAUUUUAAGACAUCAGUUCAAUGGUGUUUGGUGUGUUUUUUUAAGUUUCUGCCUGGUUGUUCCGGCUGUUCUGCUUCCUCCUCCCUCCGCUAGUGGGAUGGCCACCCUACGGCAAGGCUUCCCGUGGCUGGGUUGAGGGCUCGCCGAGCCCCCUCUGGCCGGCCAGUCACUCACGUGAUGGACUAAAAGGUCUGAGGCCUGACGAGGCUGACGCGUUCUGAUGGAGUGAGGCCUUAUCACACGGACGGCCAUAUUGGAAGUGGAGGGUGCAGGUGGGAGAGGGGGUCGAUCAGAAAUCACUACAUAGAGAUAUGGACCUAUAGGACCGAUGGCUCACCCUGAGACUUAGAGUAAUGGGUUGCAGCUUGUCUUCUGGGUUGUUUCAUUCAUCCACCAAACUACCCACUGACCCGGAGGACAUUUUGAGACAUUCAUUGCAAUGGACCCAUUUUUUUUCAUUCUGGUUUUAUUUUGGUUUUGGGGGGGGUUGUUGUUUGGGCCAGAGGAGGUGUGACUGAAAGGGGAGCGACUGGUUUUCGUUGUCUCCAUCCCUCUCCACCACUCUGGGCUUUCUAUGCAAGCCGAAGCUGCUCUUCUCCUUAAUACUGACAGAGACAGCCCUCCUCUUCCUCUGUUCAGUUUCAGGAGGAGAAACAUUCAAGUUCACGCUCUGUUGAAUCUGUAGUUGUUUGUGUGAAAAGUUAUCAAUCGCCUACUUGAGUUCUUUCAGAGAGUCAAACUAUCCGUGUUUGUUUUGUUGCUUUUUAUUUGUACAAGGCUUUUUAUUUUUGUGCGUCGUUCGUUCCACAGCAUUAGUCUCGUCACUAUUCAUGUUUUUGUAUUAUUUUAGCAGUUUAUUUGAAUUAUUUUUUUUCUCUUUGUGUCUUGUUGGCUUGAUGACCAUGUUUCACUCUCACUCUCACCCAGUGGUAAAACAAACUCUUUUGGCUGUUUGUCCCUGUGUUGAACGCUACUGGCCUUUCUGUAGUGGCGGUGACAGCUGUCUCCUGGUUUCCUUUCCCAAAGGGUCAUCCAGUUUACAAAGUAGCUCCAAUGCAUCUGCUCCAGCUCCCAGCUGCUCAGCAAGGGCCCGGGCUUAAAGGGAGAGGACAUAUUUGUGCCUGGAGGUACUUUGGCUCAGAGAGAAGAGGAACGGAGAUGAGCAGGGAUGUACCAUCCUGGUGCUCUCCAAGCUGUGACCUGGCAGGUUGCACUAAUCAGAGGAGCUGCCUGGACUCUUCAGAUGCUGCCUCUAGUUGCAUCCAGCCGUCCAUCUUCACUGGGCACUGCAGAGGCUUGAGGGGGAGAGGGGUUCUCAGACAGGCAGGCAGGGAGGCGGACAGGCAGGCAGCCCAGGUCGUAAAGUGCACAAGGCUUUUGUUUUGUCUGUUUGUGCACACUGUCUGGGACCUACAUGGCUAUAUGAGAACGGUCUGCAAGCCACAGUCUGGCUGUCACUGCUGCUAGUCUCUCACCGAACUGCAUCAUGGGUUAUCUGCAGUCCUCCCUCAUCAAUGGACAUGUAAGAACACAAAGGGGAAACUCUCUAGAGCUGUCAGAGGAUGCUCAGUAGAUAUGACUGCACUCACUCUCCCUCUGUUCUGGCCUGUAGUGAUGGAGGGACGAGCAGCUCUCUCCCUCUGUUCUGGCCUGUAGUGAUGGAGGGACGGGCAGCUCUCUCCCUCUGUUCUGGCCUGUAGUGAUGGAGAGACGGGCAGCUCUCUCCCUCUGUUCUGGCCUGUAGUGAUGGAGGGACGGGCAGCUCUCUCCCUCUGUUCUGGCCUGUAGUGAUGGAGGGACGGGCAGCUCUCUCCCUCUGUUCUGGCCUGUAGUGAUGGAGGGACGGGCAGCUCUCUCCUGUAAUAUUUAUUCUAGGACUUCUAGUUGUGGAGUCCUGUGUUACUGGGAGUUGGCACAUUCCCCUGCUAAUUUUUUGGUGAAUGAGCGCAAUUGCAAAAUGGAGUCUCUCCUGCAGGCCCACCUCCUCUCACCUCCCUCUCCUUUCCAACUAUCUCUGUCUGUCUGUGUGUGGCUGCAUGGUGUAAACAUUAGCCCCGCACAAUGUCCCUCCUAGUGGAUCAAGUCAGAUGCACAUUUGCUUUGGGACAUUGUUCCCAUCUCUGCCCUCUCACUGUGGUUUCUGUUUAUAGUGUAGUUUUUCAACGGUUGUUGGAUGCUAUUGGAAAAUGUCCUACGCUUUCUGUCUUGUUAGCCCCCCCCCCUUUCCGUUGUUGAUAUAAUAUGAUAAACUGUGGAGUCCACCCCUUCAGUAGCCUCUGUUGUUAUUAACCCCUCCACCAGUAGCCUGUAUCCCCACUCUUGAAGCCCAUGAUGCCAUUUUAGUCCCCUCGUCGCACACGUUCCCAAGCCGCCUCGACCUCAAGGAAAACAAGUCACAUUUCAACCUUGUCAUUUUAACCCUCACUCAUGUGUUGCUCUUGUUUUUGUUUGUUUUUGGUUCCAUGAGAUACUGCUCCUGAAUGCUUUGUAUUGCUAUUACCACCUGCCGGGAUAGACAAAGGUUGAGGGCCGAGCAGCUGUCACAGAGGAGUGAUAGAGAGGUAGAACUCAGCAGAUUCUCCCACCGCGUCCACUCUUCUCCUGCUAAUGAUCCCCAUUAAUCCUGCCGCAGCCGCACAGCGCCCACUCAACCGCUGUAAAUCUGAUUCGCCGUGAUGCUUUCCUUGCCCUUCAUGGAUCUGGCGUGCUUGAGAGAGCAGCACAGGAAAUCUGAACUAAUAAAUUCAAUUUUUUUUUUGUGUGCGUGUGUGUUUUAUACAUAAAUGUGAUUGUGGCGAAGCCAAUGGGAAUGACACGUUUGUUGUGGCAGCGGCGGUGACACAGACCUCAAAGCCACCAAAGUGGCGUUUCAUUCACCAAGAGAUCAGGCGAACGCUAUCGUGAACAAUAAAAUAGGCCGUGCUCAGAGCACUGCCCCCCGUGAGAGUCCAUUCACUCCAGUGAUACUCCAAUAGUUCUCCUAAUCAGACACGUUCCAGCUGAAUUACCCUGCUAAACACUAAACAUAAGAGGCCUGUAAGGAUCCAUAAUGAUCCAGUCACUACAGAAAGGGGAUCUCCAUUCAAGUCAAUGUUCAAUGACGUCUGGAACGCCAUUCUAUUGCUUCUAUUUCUAUGGUAGGCUUUGGCUCUGUCCUGUAGUGAAGUCAGUUCAUAUGGUACUGUUGUAUGAAUGUUGUUGACAGGUGACCUGGUGGAUAAGCCCUACUCUCACCACAAUACUGUUGAUGCUCAGCCUGAUUGGAUGCUGGCACAGAUUAUCCCCCCCCCUCCUCCCUGUCCUUUUCUCUGAAGUAGAGGGUUUAGGUUUUGUUUGGAAAUAUGUCUUGUCAUACAAUGGGAGAAGAGCCCGUGUUUAAAAAAAAAAAAUGCUUUUAACACGUUCUGUAUAGAGUGAGAUGGGAGGUGAGGUCAGAACCAGAUUAUAUAUUAAUAGUCAUUUAACGGGUCUGUUAAACCAGAACCUCUGCCGGUGAAAAAUGUUUUUAUUUUAAUUUUAAAUGAUACGCGGAAAAAAGUGCUUGAUACAUUUUUGGGGAGGAUCGAGUUUUGGGGAUUUUUUAAGUUUUUUUUUAAUACAGACAGAGAUAUUAGCUAAUGAUCAUACUCCCACGGCAGCCGUUGUUGAGGUGUUGUCUCAUUGUGCUUGGGUGGUCUGUCAUUCCUUGUGUUACUCACGCCGCGGGAGGACAAUGUUCUUGUGGGAUUUCCUUUUCCUGUUUCUUUAUUCAUAACUCCGCCCCCUAAACCCACGCCCCCUAAACCCACGCCCCCAGAGCAGUGGCUCAGUAUCAGUCAUCGGUACUUGAGAGAAAGAUGUUUACAGCUUUUUUUUAUUGCUAUGUUUUGUUUUGGUUCAUCCCCCUCUUUGCCCCUCCCCCUUUCCCCCCCAAGGGUUUCUCUCUUAUGUAAAGUGUACAUUGCCACAUGUCUUUUUUUAUACAAUGCUGUAACUUGCCUUUGUACAUUUAGGCGAAAAAAUAAAUCUUUUUAUGAGACAAUCA